UCUAGAACAGACAGUAGGCCCUAGUGGACUCUGUGACAUCGUAUAUGCAACAUGCAGGUAAGCAGGUAAAGAAAAAAAAAGUACCACGUACCACACGAGGGAGGGAGAAAGCUACGUACACGUACGUACCUCUGCAGGGAUCCAUGCCCCUCCACUGCCCCUCCAACCCCUCACCCCUUCUCUCGUAUUUAUAUCCCCUCCUUUUCCCCUGUUGCUCUUUUCCCAGAAUCAUUCAAUCCAACUCUUCCAAACUCAAUUCCAUCCAUCCAUCCAUCCAAACUCUCUCUCUCUCUUUCUUACCUACAUCAACCAACCAACCAAUACCACCAAAAUGCCCAUCCCCGUCCCCAGCGCCAACAGCCUCCAGGACCUCUUCAGCCUCAAGGGCAAGGUCGUGAUCAUCACGGGCGCCUCCGGCCCGCGCGGCAUGGGCAUUGAGGCCGCGCGCGGCUGCGCCGAGAUGGGCGCCGACGUCGCCAUCACCUACGCCUCGCGGCCGGAGGGCGGCGAGAAGAACGCGGCCGAGCUCUCCAAGACCUACGGCGUCAAGGCCAAGGCCUACAAGUGCGACGUCGGCAACUACGACAGCGUGCAGAAGCUCGUGGACGACGUGAUCAAGGACUUCGGCAAGGUCGACGCCUUCAUCGCCAACGCCGGCCGCACCGCCAACAGCGGCAUCCUCGACGGCUCCGUCCAGGACUGGGAGGAGGUCAUCCAGACCGACCUCAACGGCACCUUCCACUGCGCCAAGGCGAUCGGCCCCCACUUCAAGAAGCAGGGCAAGGGCAGCUUCGUGAUCACCUCCAGCAUGUCCGGCCACAUCGCCAACUUCCCCCAGGAGCAGACCUCCUACAACGUCGCCAAGGCCGGCUGCAUCCACAUGGCCAAGUCGCUGGCCAACGAGUGGCGCGACUUCGCCCGCGUCAACAGCAUCUCCCCCGGCUACAUCGACACCGGUCUCUCCGACUUCGUCGACAAGAAGGUCCAGGAUCUGUGGAUGUCCAUGAUCCCCAUGGGCCGCAACGGUGAUGCCAAGGAGCUGAAGGGUGCCUAUGUCUACCUCGUCAGCGAUGCGAGCUCGUACACGACUGGUGCUGAUUUGUUGAUCGACGGUGGUUACUGCGUGCGGUAAAUGUAUCCCUGGAGGAUAUAAUAGAGAUACCUACCUAGCUUUUUUGAUGAGGUUAUAAUGAUAAUGUCAGGAACGUUUCAUGAUACUUUUGUUCUUGUUUUUGUUUUUAUUUUUGUUUUUGUUCUUGCAAGUAGAGAUCGAACUUGGGGUGAAUGGACGUACUCCUGUACUCCUCAGACCACGGCUCAUCACUGGGGGCCAAUGCUCACAGGGACGAGAUAGAUUGUAGACAUCUCAUUGGCGACUUCGGCUUCAGGGUGUUGUUGCGGGUCUGUUCCGCCCGUGCUCCACUUUCUCUUUGGUGCGACAAUUCUCGUUAAAGUUAUCGUUCAUCCUUCGAGUUCGUAUCGAAGAACGCCUCUUUUCGGGUCGUUCGGUAUAUUGAACCAAUUAUGCAUGGCCAAGUCACUGUCCUCGGGCUAUAGGUAGAUACAUCACGAACAUCUCGCGUAGACAGGUACGACAAGGUCCUCCAGUUGAAACGCCUCGUCACAUCUU